AUGACAAUUUGCUUAUUCAUUUUUCUUUUCUUUUUUCAAAUUAAUUUCUUCUAUCAGCUCGUCAGCAGCCUAAUUCGAUCAACAAAAACCAAUCCUUUCAAAAUUACAAAACCUAAAUCCCGAAAAUCUCAAUUUCCCAUUUUUAAUUUUUAAACUUCUUUCAUCCCCACUUUUUAUGCAAUUAACCAACUAAAAAGGAAUGCAAUCUCUUGAAAGUAUCACAGAUUCCCAAUUCCCUCAAAACCCUAAUAAUUUUUCUUCUUCUUCUUCUUCAUCUGUUAAUGGGUUGCAUGGGUGGCUCUUUGAAUGCCAUGGGCUUUGGCAUAACUUAGCUCUCAUUAUUUCCUCUCUUAUUUUCGUUCUUUUCUUGGGUUUUCAAGCCAAAAAAAGCUUCCAAAAGCUCUCUCAUGGAAGGUCUUAUAUCAUGAUUUCUUAUUAUGGUUGCGUUUGGCUCGUUAGCUUGCUCAAUCUUGCUUGGUGUUUUCUUCAGGCUUGGGAAUGCACUCCUGGAAAGGAAAUGGCAUGGAAUAUCCUAUCAUUAUUUACUACUUCUGGGAUGUUGUUCCUGGAAGUUAGCUUGGUGGCCUUUUUGCUUCAAGGAAAUUAUGCCAGCGGGUUGGAAGCUUUGACACGAACAUUUGUUGUUUCAGGGCUUAUUGCUGGUUUGGACUUACUUCUGAAGGUAUUUCUUUUAUUCUUAAAUGUUGCACCCUUCUUGGAAGUAGCACUAUCUGUUGCUGACUUUGUCAAGACAUGCAUCAGAUGGUGGUGGAAGAACAUGACAGUUUCUUCCUUACUGCACUUUAAUAUUAAUAGCAGAGUCUGCAUUCCACGUGGCCUACUUUUAGUUGUAACAUACUUUAACUUCUUCAGCAAUCUAGAUGUGAAGUAUGAUUGUAUAUACAUGUUUAGCUUCUUUUUAUUUUCUAAUAUUUAAAUGUGAUCAAAGAUGGCUAACUUACCACAAGCUACUCUGCCACCGGCAUUUCCUGUGGUUUUGCUAAGCUCAUGACCCC